AUGGCGAUCAUGAAGGCUUUAGACAACUCUGACCUAUAUACCAUCGGAUGGAUUGCUGCUCUCCCCAUAGAGCGCGCUGCAGCGACUGGAAUGCUCGACGAGCGCCAUAGCACACCGCUCGACUUUGUCCAACAUAUCUCCGACAUGAACGCAUACACCUGGGGCAGAAUGGGUAGACAUAACGUUGUGAUUGUGUCGCUCCCUGCCGGCUUAUAUAGAACGGCUGCCGCUGGGAAUACGGCGUCGAAUCUUCUCUCAUCUUUGCCACAUACCCGAAUCGGUCUGCUGGUUGGUAUUGGGGGUGGUAUCACCCGACCUGCCGAUGGUCGUGAUAUUCGGCUUGGCGACAUUGUCGUCAGCCAGCCACAGGGGACAACUGGAGGAGUCAUUCAGUAUGACCUCAAAAAGGCCUUAUCGGAUCAAAAGCAGGAGCGAAAGGACUUCCUUAGCAUGCCUCCACAAGUGCUCCUCCAGGCACUAGGGUCUCUGCAAGCAGAACACGAACUAGAGGACUCCAUAGUGCCUAAAUUUCUGAGCGCCAUGCCACGAAAGUCCCGGGCCGGCAAUAGUACCAAAGGAAAGAAUGGUUAUUCCCAUCAAGGGAUUGAAAACGACAAGCUUUUCAGGUCAUCAUACACCCAUAUCGGUGGGCACGACUGCCUUGGUUGCGAUUCAACAGAAGAGGUGGAGCGCGAAAUUCGGGACACAACCGAUCCGAAAAUUCACUACGGCAUAAUUGCCUCUGGAAACACGCUUAUCAAGGACGCUGCCACUCGAGACAAGGUUGUGGAGGAUGUUGGUGAAGAAUGCAUAUGCUUCGAAAUGGAAGCUGAUGGCCUGAUGAACCACUUUCCAUGUCUUGUGAUCAGAGGAGUUUGUGACUAUGCCGACUCGCACAAGAAUGAUCGGUGGCAACGAUAUGCCUCUGCUACGGCUGCCGCCUAUGGGAAAGAGCUUCUCAGCUAUGUGCCUGUUAGGGGACUUCAGGAGACACAGAAAGCUCUGGAUGUACUCAAUUCUCCAAGCGACACAAUAACCGGACUAGAUGGUCUCAAGCGAAGUAGUCACUUCAAUGCCAUUGAAAAGUGGCUUUCACCUCCUGACACGUCGACCAAUCUCAACGAGGCGCUGGAAAAAAGACUAGAAGGAACCGGUUCUUGGUUCCUUGAAAGCGAAGCAUUUCAGGAGUGGGAAAAAAGAGAACGCCCGUUCCUCUGGGUGCAUGGAAUCCCUGGGUGUGGGAAAACAAUUCUCAGUGCUACGACUAUUGAACAUCUCAAUCAAACAGCUUCAAUCGAGCCUUCGCCCAUCACCCUUGAUUUCUUCUUCGACUUCAGUGAUUCCGAUAAGCAGUCACUGAAGAAGCUUGUUCGAUCACUUAUUGCCCAGCUUUACUCAAGAUGCCCAGAUUCCCAAGCUGAGGCGGAUAGAGUGUUUUCGUCUCAUAAUGAUGGCAACCGUCAGCCAACAGAGAAACUACAAUUUGAAACAUUCUCGAGAAUGCUGAACCACGUUAAAGUGGCUAAUAUUGUCAUUGAUGCUCUGGAUGAAUGUGAAACAAGAAAGGAUCUACUCCUUUGGAUAGAAAGUCUCAUCAACCUGAAACAUCCAGGCCUCCACCUUUUCAUUACCAGUCGAAAGGAGGAAGAGAUCGAGUCAGCACUACAAGACUUAGUCAAUAAUGAGAGCAUUAUUCCCCUCCAGGAAGAUCUGGUUAAUGAUGACAUUCGCGCGUAUGUCCAUCAUCGACUGCGGGAUGAUCGCGGAUUCGAGAGGUGGUCCUCGCACCCAAAUGUACGGAGUAUGAUUGAGAGCGAGCUGAUGCAGAAGGCUAAUGGAAUGUUCAGGUGGGUUGCAUGUCAACUUGAUGCUUUACAAGAUUGCCUAAAUGUCGACUUGCUUGAGAAGUCGCUCCAAUCUCUGCCCAAGACACUGGAGGAAACCUACGGUAGAAUCUUGGCAGGCAUUAGCGAAAGCCAUAGAGAGUACGCCCUGAGGCUCCUGCAGUUCUUGAUAUAUUCAGAUCGUCCCUUGGCGAUCCGCGAAGCUGUUGAUAUUAUGGCGGUCGAUUUAAGUCGAGAUCCCUGCUUCGAUCCCGCACGGAGUAUGCCAAACCCGCGAGAGAUUGUGAGGUUCUGCUCGAGCCUCGUCUCUCUGGUUAAGAGGAAUAUUCAACCGACAAUCAGUUAUUCCUAUUCAAACUACACGACAACAGACUCUUGGAUCUCAGACGACCCAGAAGACUCAGAUGACUUAGAGGAGUCAGUGGACUUGGAUGGUCCAGAGGCCUCAGAUGGGCAACAGGAGGAGGUAGAGGAGCUUCAGUUGGCACAUCUCUCAGUUCAGCAAUACUUAAAGUCCAGUCGGAUUCAAAGUAGUGUCCCAACCCAUAUCAUUGAUGCAGGUGCGUUGUUUCAAGAUGGCUUAAUAUGCCUCGCAUAUCUGUCCCGCCCAGGCGAGCACCAAACCAGCGAACAAAUCCGGGCGGAGUUUUCAUUCGCGCAUUACUCUGCUCAACUUUGGAUUGACAACGCAACCGCCACUGAGACAGACAAGAUGGUUGAACAAAGUAUCAUGGGCUUCUUUUUGUCAACGGGUCAAGCGUACAAGGUGUGGAGUAAACUAUGGCGCCCAGAUCACGCAAAAUCAGGUUCGUAUCUCGUAAUCACAGCAGCUCCGUUGUACUAUGCAUCCUUUCUUGGUCUGAAGCAUACGGUACAGUUGCUACUAGAGCUAGGAGCCGACGUCAACGCACAGGGAGGCCAGUUUGGCAAUGCACUCCAGGCAGCUUUAUGGAAAGGCCAUACUGAGGCUGUGCAGUUACUCCUCGCAGCCGGCGCCGACGCGAAUGCAGUCGGAGGCACUUAUGAGAAUUCACUCCAGGCUGUUGUAUGGUCCAGACACAAAAACAUUGUACAGUUGCUCCUCGGGGCCGGCGCCGACGUUAACGCUACCGGAGGCCUUUAUAAAAGUGCACUCCAUGCUUCCGCAGCCUUAAACCACAAAGGCAUCGUACAACUACUCCUCGCGGCCGGCGCAGACGUUAAUAUAAUCGGAGUAUAUCACGGAAGUGUACUACAGGAUACUUCAGCCUAUGGCUACAAAAGCAUUGUGCAGCUACUCCUCGCGGCCGACGCCGACGCGAACACAAUCGGAGGCCGUUAUAGAAGUGCACUUAUGGCUGCUUCAGUCUAUGGCAAAAAAGACAUCGUACAGCUGCUCCUCACGGCCGGCGCCGACAUCGACGCAUAUACCGCUUUGAGGUCCGGACACAAGGAUAUCAAGCAGCUACUGUUACAGGCCAGCGAUAAGAUCAUUUAA